CAUGGUGCCGUAUGCACCGAGAAAGCCGCGAAUACGUAAAAUUUUUAUUGCCUGUGUACCACACCAGCUGUACAUCCGUAAGACAACUACUAGUGGUUGCGUUAUACCCACGAGUCCAAUUGAGACAAAUGAUCUGUCGCGUUUGCCAUUGCGAUGGGAGAAUUCCACUUGUCCUUGGAAUGAUGAAUAAUGCGUGACUGCCAAGUUGUGUAAAUAAAAGUGAACCACAUAUAACGUGGGGAUAUAGCGCAUCAGAAGUGACAGUCAGGCAGCAUUCGCGGUACUGCGGUUCGGGAUGAAGGUGUUUCCGUUAUUUCUGGGUAUUUUGAGCUGGGCUUUUGCUCAGAAGAACCCCCACUAUAAAGAUGAUCGCGGGACCAUGGUCCACCUUUUCGAGUGGAAGUUCAAGGAUAUCGCGCGGGAGUGCGAGGAAUUCUUGGGACCCAUGGGCUUUGGUGGGGUGCAGGUUUCCCCAAUCCACGAAAACCUGAUAAUUCCCGAGAGACCCUGGUACGAGCGGUACCAACCGAUCUCGAUGAAAAUCCACUCGCGAUCUGGAGAUGUCAAAGAGUUCAAGGAUAUGGUGAGGCGCUGCAACGCCGUUGACGUGAGGAUUUUCGUUGAUGUUGUCAUCAAUCACAUGACCGGGGACUUGAACCCGGCCCUGGGUACAGACGGAUCCACCGCGGAUCCGUCAGCGAAGUCAUACCCUGCGGUUCCGUUCACCAGUGAAGACUUCCACAGAACUUGCGCCAUCAACAAUUACCAGAAUGCGACGGAGGUGAGGGACUGCGAGCUGAGUGGGCUCCAUGAUCUCGAUCAGAGUAAAGAGCACGUCAGGGCUGCUAUUGUCGAGUAUAUGGACAGAAUUACCGAUCAGGGGGUUGCGGGAUUCAGAAUCGACGCAGCCAAGCACAUGUGGCCUCAAGACCUCAAGAUCAUCUACAGCAGACUCAAGAACUUGAGUGUCGCGGCGGGAUUCCCUCCGAACUCGCGCCCCUUCAUCUACCAGGAGGUCAUCGACCUCGGGAAUGAGGGUGUCAAGAAGGCCGAAUACACAGACUUUGGGAGGGUCAUUGAAUUCAAUUUCGGUAUUGUCCUAGGGGGUAUGUUCAGGGGGUUGGAGCCGUUGAAGAACUUGAAGAACUGGGGGAACGGGUGGGGACUCUUGCCGUCCGACGACGCUCUCGUCAUGAUCGAUAAUCAUGACAACCAGAGAGGUCACGGAGCUGGUGGAGCCACGAUCCUCACGUACAAAGUACCUAAAAUAUAUAAGAUGGCCACAGCCUUCGAGCUGGCUCACCCCUACGGCACGACCCGCGUCAUGAGUUCCUACUCCUUCACGGACCCCAGCGCGGGGCCUCCGGCCCACCCGAACGGCACAAUAAUCUCCCCCCAAAUAACGAACGACGUGUGCACCAACGGCUGGAUCUGCGAGCACCGCUGGCACCAGAUCUACCAAAUGGUGAUUUUCCGGAACGUCGCGAAGAGAUCGCCAGUAGCAAAUUGGUGGGACAACGGGAACAACCAGAUAGCCUUCUCCCGAGGCCGCCUCGGCUUCGUCGCCAUCAACGGCGAGUCCUCCGAUCUUCGAGGGAAUCUGACAACUGGACUCCCCGCCGGCAGAUACUGCGACGUCAUCUCAGGUAAAGUCGAGGGGAACAAGUGCACCGGUAAAACAGUGGAGGUCGCCAAGGACGGGACGGCAUUCGUCGAGAUUCCAGCGAAUGCUGAGGACGGAGUUCUUGCGAUUCACAUCGGUUUAACUUCAGCGUUGCAGUGAAGCCCAGAUGAGACGAUGGAGUCGACGCUUAUGGUGGUAUUAAUUAUCUAGUGGCGAUUCUAAAUAUUUUAUCAUGAUAGCAUCUGUGAGAUGUAACAGUGGCAGAUAAGUAUAUGGAUAAUAUGAGUGGAUGUAGAACUGCUGUUUCGUCAAUGUUAAAAAUUAUUCAUCAUUUUCUGUGCGGAGGAAAGAAGAGCCUCUAGUUUCCAGAGAAAAUGCUGACAAUGUAAGAAUGUGAUAUCGCAUUCUGGGAGAAUAAAAUAUUAUUGCGUA